AGAAGUGACAAUUAUUACUUGUCGUUGCUUUUCUUUUUCAUUUUUCUCAGCUCAGCGCAAUUAUGCUGAGAAUCUGAAUAGAGGAAGAAAACCAAAAAUUUAGAAAAAGAGAGAAUGAAACAGACUAGUCUCAUUCUCUGUUUUUUAUUUUCCUCUUUCCAUAAAUAAUUGACGGCUCCGUUUUUGAGUGUUUUUCUUUGGGUGGUGGGCGCGGACAAUCCGAUGGCGAAGACGGGGGUGUUGAGUUCUGAUCCAACGGUGAGAGCGAGAGCGGCGGAAUUGAAGAAAGAAUUGCAGAGGCUGGUGAGGACCAUCGUCGACGAUGAGGAUUAUUACAGCGUCGACGCCAUCGAUCAAGCUAAAGAUGCUCUUUGUGCUUUGAGAGAGCUUAAGUUCAAUAAACAAUCGACGGCGACCACCACAUCCUCCUUGAAGUUUCAUGAAGCGGUGUCGUGUCCUGAAGCGUUUAGAUGUCCUCUUUCUAAGGAGCUUAUGAGAGAUCCUAUUAUUCUAGCUUCCGGUCAGACAUAUGACAGACCCUUUAUCCAGAAAUGGCUGAAUGCAGGCAAUAGGACUUGCCCUAGAACCCAACAAGUUCUUUCGCACACUGCUCUAACUCCUAAUCACCUUGUCAGUGAAAUGAUAUCACAGUGGUGUAAGAGUCAGGGAUUAGAAUUGCGAAACCCUGUUCAGUAUGGUAAAGAGGAGGGGGUAACAAAAGCAGAGCAUGACCAUUUCUUUUCUUUGCUCGAGAAGUUGUCUGCCACGCUACCUGAACAGAAGGAAGCAGCAAAGGAGCUUCGGUUGUUGACAAAAAAGAUGCCUUCAUUUCGGGCUCUUUUUGGUGAAUCUGUUGACGCCAUUCCUCAACUGCUCACUCCACUCUCUGGAAGCAAAUCUCAGAGUGGUGUUCACCCUGAUCUCCAGGAAGAUGUGAUCACGACACUCUUGAACCUUUCAAUCCAUGACAGCAAUAAGAAGCUCGUUGCCGAAACUCCAAUGGUUAUUCCUCUUCUUAUGGAAGCACUGAGAUCUGAAACUAUUGAAACAAGGAGCAAUGCAGCGGCAGCCCUUUUCACUCUAUCUGCCCUUGAUUCUAACAAGGCACUUAUUGGUAAAUCAGGUGCCUUAAAACCUCUCAUUGACCUUCUAGAUGAGGGUCAUCCAUUAGCAAUGAAAGAUGUUGCUUCUGCAAUAUUUAACCUAUGCAUUAUUCAUGAGAACAAGGCAAGAGCUGUGAGGGAUGGUGCAGUCAGGGUCAUAAUAGAAAAGAUUAUGGAUGGUGUGCAUGUAGAUGAGUUAUUGGCUAUCCUUGCAAUGCUUUCAACCCAUCAAAGGGCUGUUGAGGAAAUAGGGGAGCUUGAAGCUGUUCCAUGCUUGCUUCGCAUUGUCAGGGAGAGCACUUGUGAACGCAACAAGGAAAAUUGCAUCGCAAUCCUCCACACUGUCUGUCUGAAUGAUCGAACCAAGUGGAAGGCACUAAGGGAAGAAGAGAAUACCUAUGGAACAAUAUCUAAACUUGCUCAAGAUGGAACUUCUAGAGCCAAGAGAAAAGCUACUGGCAUUCUUGAGAGACUGAGAAGGGCUGUUAAUAUUACUCAUACGGCAUGAAGAUGUUACUCAAUGCAACACUACCAAGCACAUCAUUUGUAAAUUCUGUUUCCAACACCUGGUGAUCAGUGCAGCAUAUCAUCAUCUUGAUUUUGUAAAUUCUUGUCCCUCAUCAGAGUUUUAAUUUCAGUUUUAUGAGUUAGCCACUGUUAAUAAACACGUUGGAAGCUUGUGUUUAUAAGAUUUUCUCUUCUGUUUGGUCCAAUAAUUUUUUUCGGGCAUUUGGGUCGUAUAGAUAGCAGAAUCUUGGCCUUUUUUACUUGUUUCA